CUUGUCGCUGGUGAAGAGCCUAGCUAGGGGAGAGAAACCGUGGGAGAAGGCUGAAUGCGUUUGAUUACAAAAAGAAGUAAAGUUUGAGGUCGAUGAAUGCCUGGCAACGCUGAAGAAAGACACUGAACAGGUAUCACCAGCAACUUGGCACCAUCUCUUCUCUCCCCUGGCUCUCCAGUGUGUAAGGACAAUGCUCAGUGUAUCAUAUCUUGAAGUCACCUUGUGCCUCUCUACCUGAUUGAUCAAAAAAAAAAAAAAAACUCCACCCCUUGCAUUUUCACCAGUGCAAAAAAACCCCCACAACCAUACACCAGCAAGACAGAAGAAAUAGAUUUCUGCAUUUUUUUGGGGUAAAAAAGGAAAAGCUGCACCUCCACAAAGCAAAGAACCACCAAAGUCAAACACGUAGGUUUGGUGUCACCAAAAAAAAAUCAACCAUCAUCCCAAGCUUCUGAUCAGUCUACAACCUUCAAACUCUUCCUCAUUUCAUCAGCAUUAUCCAGGUUAGUCCAUCAGGUCAGUCCAUUUUUAAGAAACACUUCUUAAGCACCGUUAUGGCCUCCAUCAACCAGUCAUCCGAACCCGAAAUCCCAGACAACCACAAGGAGAGCUGGCUGGCGCUACUUUCCGCCGCGGAGACGUAUUGCCAAAAGUCUGGCUGCGACGUGGCCAUACUUACAGCGUGUAAGAAGUUCAGGUCGUCGGUCGGAGACGCAGACGGUGUGAGGAAACGGGACAGCGGCAGUGCCUUUCCAAGAGAGGGGGAUUUCUCCUAUAAUGUAUGGGGUCAAGGGUUCCUCGCUGAGUCGGCGCGCCGCUACGUAGAUGACAUCGGCGUGCUGCACUCCACGACCAUGCUAACAGCCCAAAGGCACACACGCCAGGCAGGGGGAGAGGCAGGGACCAAGCUGGUGGUUGACCUGACCUCUGACCCCGUAAACAGGGGGAGCUUCACAGGUGACGGCGGGGUGGGAGGAGUCAGCCCCAAUGGAAGACUGUAUUCCCAAAGCUACCCGUCAAUCUACAGCUCAGGUGGUCCCAUGCAGGGCGGCGGGCAGAACGACAACGGAGAGAGGGAACGGGAGAAGAACCUGCUGGAGGGGAGCGAGCAGGGGAGACAGAGGUCUGGGAUUGAGGAUUUGGAGGAAGAGUGUGAGGACGAGGAAGAGGAGGACGAUAUGGACGAGAGGAGACCUUAUGGGAAUGAAAGUGCAGGUGUAUUCUCCAUGGACGAGGACUCUCUGUCUCGUGACUGUGAGCCGUUUUUUGAGUCUGACGGCGAGGAGGAGAGCACUGACGGCUCAUUGAGUGAGGACGCUCCCCCUCCGUCCCGCGGCAUGGCCAUGGGUCAGGCCGCGUACUCGUCCAGGCACACCCACUCCAUGGCUCUGGCCCGCUCUCUGCCCGUAUCUGUGCCCGUGUGGGGCUGCAGAGGAGGAAACAGAGCGGCUCCGGGAGAAGGCAACAGCGGAGAACGGGUGGGCUGUGCCGACCUGGAGCACAUCGCUGCUAGUAUGAAAGCCCUACUGGCCCCCGGAGCCACCGACGGGACAGAAAUGUUUGGGGCCUUGCCUCGGCCUCGUCUCAACACAGGAGACUUCUCGCUCAAGCACUGAGAGAGAGAAGGGAGUGUUCGAUAGAUAGAGAGAGAGCGAGCGAGAGAAAGUGAGUGGUGAGCGGAGAUACAUAGAAAGGAAUAGAGGGAGCGAAUAAGAGAGCAAAGGAAAACGUGGAGAGAUGCUGUCGUGACACGAGGCGACCCGGGUUGGCUUGCAGAUGUGUGACGUUCAGUAUGUGAAACAGUGUAAAAGCUAGUACCUCCAUUUAUUUCUCAUUAACCAAAAUUAACAGCACAUGCUUCAAGGAAAGU